UUGUGGCUGUCUUGUUUCGGUGCAUGUUUCAAGUUAAUGCCUCUCGGGUAAUAAAUUUUCUUGUAGUUGUUUAUUAAUCGAGAUUGUAGGGGAGUAUUUUAGAGGUAAUCUUCAUCUAUAAAUCCCGGAACUAUCUGUUGCGGAAAAGAUGGUGGACAAUAAGAGUUUUUCGAAACAAUUCCAACUAUUCGCCAAAUUCGGAGACAGAGACUCCGACGGACGGACGAUUAAACUCAGCCAGAGCGACAAGUGGAUGAGGCAGGCAAAAGUCAUCGAUGGAAAGAAGAUAACGUCCACAGACACGGCGAUAUGCUUCAAGAAGUUGAAGUUGCCAAAACUAACUGAAUCAGAAUACACAACCUUUUUAGAGGAUCUUGGUAGAACUAAAGGAAUAGAUGUUGGAGAAAUAAAAUCUAUGAUGGUCUCUUGUGGAAAUCCAGGAUUUACUUCAGCAGUGAACAAUUCAAAAACACCCGGAGCAGUCGAAAGAUUAACCGACCCUAGCAAAUAUACUGGUUCUCAUAAAGAGAGAUUUGAUGAAUCAGGUGAACUUUUUUAUGCUGCUUGUCAGGAAUCUUCUUUUUUGUUUUGUUUUUUAUUGUUUUUGCUUUAUCAGUGUUUUUGUUUUUGCACAUUAUUCUUGUAAAUAUCCUAUAAAGAAACAUAAAUCUUCUGAUAAAAAAACUGGAAUCAAGAGAAUGGAGGAGUAGGAGAUUAUGGAGAAAGAACAUAGGCCAAGAUAACAUUUUUGAGCAGAGAGUGGCUUUUAAAAGCUGAAUGAUAGUAUUGAAUUCCAAAGAGGUAGUAUGAUGUUGGAGCGUGUUAAACUGUUGCCGCUUUAACAUUCUCAAGUUAAAAUCCGGUCUGGGCAGGUUGAAAUUUAUUUUGUGAUGAACCCACAGAAUGGAUCUCAACCAUUUAACUUUGAUUAGAGUAGAUUUGCAUGCACAUCUAAAUCAGGGAUUCUCAAAAUUAUGUAGUCCGUUAAGCCACUCAAUAUUUUUAGGAGCCAUCCUAGAUAUAUAACUACAUAUCCAUAUGUUUUACAUUAUGUUAACUAUUUAAGUUAUAAGAAUUAAAAAAGUCAUAGCCGUAUUGGAUUGUUAUUAGAUGAGCUGUUUGAAUAAAAUUGGAAAUUUGGGAGAAAUUAAGUUGACAAGUUAGCUGCGGUUACAAUCCCUGAUGUCCAUUAGCUUUGUAUCAUAUAUAUGAUUAUUUACAUUUGCCUCUAUCUUUACAUCUAUCGAACUCCCAUUCAAAUAUUUUUCAAAAUGAGACUUUGUAAGAUAGUCAAAAUUCAAAACAAUCGUGGCCGAAAUUGAGCUGAAUAUCGGAACCCAGGAACCGUAGCUGCACCUAACAUGUUAAAGUCAAAAUUAUUUUGCAGACUUUAGUUAGUAAAAACUUCAAAUUUAAAUAUCUAUAUAUAUAAAAGAUACCAUUCAUUAGAAGAAAACAGGUUAUAUAUCGUGUAUUCAAUGAAGUUUUUAGCUAACAAACAUAAUUGAAAACAAUGAUUACUUAUUAUCUAGUCUAAAAGUGAGAGCUUAUCAAAAAUUUUUAUCUAUGAAAACAUACUUCUAUAUUAUAAUUUCAUUAAUUAUUCAUUUACGGUACACCAAAUACAAAAAACUAUUCUAAUCCUUGUCUCAUUUUAUGUGCAUUUACUCUAAUUCUUGUCCAUUCUAUAAACAAAAAAUAUGUAUGUGUGAUUAUUUUAGAAAAUAUAAGUUUUUAUAUUAUGUAUUUAUAUUUUUGUUUUAUUUAAACUGCAUG